UAUACAACACAAACUACUAUAAGAAGAAGACAGUAAGCGAGGUGGAGCUUUGAGAGUCCUACAAUUUAACCCUCUCUGCCUUAUCCUUCCCCUCAUUACUUCUACACACUCUCCUCUGCUUAUCUCCUCCUCUUCUUCCUCUCACUAAACCCUAGAAAACACCAAGAAGAAGAAAUCAAAACAAUGGCUUCUUCUUCAGUUAUUGGUGUUUCUUCCAUAUUUCACACCACUUCAUUAGAAUUAUCCACUAGAAGAACAAAUUCAUCAUCUUUUUCACUACCCACUUCAGAUAAACCUCACUUCAAUUCACUGGUUCUUCAAAGCUCCAAUAUUUGUAGUCAUAGACAUGGAAAUGGACAUUCUUUGGUUACUUGUGCUAUUGCUGCUCCUAAUUCUAUUCUCAGUGAGGAGGCUUUUAAAGGGCUCGGUGGCCGUCUCUCCGACUUUGAGGAUGAUGAUGAUAUUAGUGGGGAUGAGUAUGAGGAGGAGUCUGAUGGUGGUGAGAGUAGUAGUAGUAGUGUUGACGAACUUGCUAUUACUAAACUUGGUUUGCCUCAGAGACUUGUUGACUCCCUUGAGAAACGUGGGAUUACUCACCUUUUUCCUAUUCAGAGAGCUGUCUUAGUUCCUGCGCUGGAGGGCCGCGAUUUGAUUGCUCGUGCAAAGACUGGGACUGGGAAGACUUUGGCCUUUGGGAUUCCGAUUAUUAAACGCCUUACUGAGGAUGAUAAGCAAAGUACACAGAGACGAAAUGGCCGGCUUCCUAGAGUCUUGGUCCUAGCCCCUACUCGCGAGUUAGCAAAGCAAGUGGAGAAAGAAAUUAAAGAGUCUGCACCUUACUUGAGCACUACUUGUGUUUAUGGAGGGGUUUCGUAUAUAACCCAACGGAAUGCUCUUACUAUGGGGGUUGAUGUUGUGGUUGGAACUCCAGGUCGAAUCAUUGAUUUGAUAAACAGUAAUAGCCUCAAAUUAGGAGAAGUUGAAUAUUUGGUCCUUGAUGAAGCUGAUCAGAUGCUUUCAUUUGGAUUUGAAGAAGAUGUAGAAACAAUUUUAGAAAAUCUUCCAUCUAAACGACAGAGCAUGCUUUUCUCUGCUACUAUGCCUACUUGGGUGAAAAAAUUGGCUAGGAAAUAUUUGGACAACCCUCUUCAAAUUGAUUUGGUUGGUGAACAAGAGGAAAAGUUGGCUGAAGGAAUCAAACUCUAUGCCAUAUCAACAAAUGCAAGUUCAAAGCGAAGCAUUCUCAGUGAUCUUGUAACUGUUUAUGCAAAGGGUGGAAAGACAAUUAUUUUUACCCAAACUAAACGAGAUGCUGAUGAAGUCUCAAUGGCAUUAACAAGUAUUGUCGCUUCUGAGGCAUUGCAUGGGGAUAUAUCUCAGCAUCAGAGAGAGAGAACUUUAAAUGGAUUUAGGCAAGGAAAAUUUACAGUUCUCGUUGCCACUGAUGUCGCUUCUCGUGGACUUGAUAUUCCAAAUGUUGAUUUGAUUAUUCAUUAUGAAAUUCCAAAUGAUCCAGAAACUUUUGUACAUCGAUCUGGUCGUACAGGACGUGCAGGCAAGGAAGGUGUUGCUGUUCUAAUGUUCACCAACAGUCAAAGAAGAACAGUCAAAUCCAUUGAGCGUGAAGUGGGAUGCAGGUUUGAGUUUGUUAGUCCACCAGCUACUACAGAGGUUUUGGAAUCAUCAGCUGAGCAAGUAAUUGCUACUCUAGGUGGAGUUCACCCUGAGUCGGUGCAAUUUUUCACUCCAACUGCACAGAAAUUGAUUGACGAACAAGGGACAAGUGCCCUUGCUGCUGCACUGGCACAAUUGAGUGGAUUUUCUCAGCCUCCUUCGUCUCGCUCUCUUAUUACCCAUGAGCAGGGAUGGACAACAUUGCAACUGACCAGGGAUCCAACUUAUUCUAGAGGGUACCUGUCAGCUAGAUCUGUUACUGGUUUUCUUAAUGAUGUCUAUACUACUGCAGCUGAUGAAGUUGGAAAAAUACAUAUCAUUGCAGAUGAAAAGGUUCAAGGGGCAGUCUUUGAUCUUCCCGAAGAGAUUGCUAAAGAGUUUCUGAAUAAGGAAAUUCCACCUGGAAACACCAUUACCAAGAUCACGAAGUUGCCUUCAUUGCAAGAUGAUGGACCUCCAAGUGACUUCUAUGGAAGGUUUUCAAGCAGGGAUCGACCUGGUAGAGGAGGAGGUGGUAGAGGCCAAAGAGGAGGUUCUAGAUCCUCCUGGGGCCGGGGCGGCGGCGGCAGUAGAUUUUCUGAUGAUAACGAGGAUUCAUUUAGGCGCGAGGGUCGAAGCUUUUCAAGAAACAGCAGUGAUGAUUGGUUGAUAGGUGGUGGCAGAUCAAGCAGGCCUUCACCUCGGGGCAGGUUUUCAUCACCACGGGACAGGUCUUCACCACGUGACGGUAACAGAAGCUUUGGAGGUACGUGUUUUACGUGUGGGCGGUCCGGGCACAGAGCAUCAGAAUGUCCUAGCAAGUCGGGUUUCUAGUCACAUCACCUUCUAAACCAUGGUUUCAGGACACUUAACAAAGCGGAAGUUGCUGCGAUGGGAACUUUGUGCUACUCUUUUUGUUUGCAUACAUCGGUCCUGUUACGGGGAAAGAGUCGGGGAUCCAAUUUUCAAAUGCUCUUACUAGCCCUUUAUCCAUAUCCCUUAGUUUUGUAUUAUGAUCUGGAGCCUGACAUUAAAAUUAUUUGGUACUAGUUAGAAGGGUGAUCUAUUGUAAUAGAACUAUCUGACAGUGUUACAAAACUCUGAUAAGUCUUUAAUAGUAAGUAGUAACAGAAUGUUUAGCACUUUGUUGCUGGUUUUGCAGAA